GGGUGAUGAAUCUAUUUGGAAUACAAUAUUCUCGGACCUUUCAAAGUUCGAUCGAAAACGAAACUGCAAAGGAAAAAAUGAAUAAAACUCUUGAAAACUAAGAUAUGCAAAAUAAUUGUUGAAAUGGGCGACCAAGAAGAAAUUUCAACUGAUGGUAUUGACCCCGAAGCUCUAGAAAAUGCUCGUGUGUUACAGUCAGUGGCACAGGAGAUAAAAGAUAAUGAAGAACAUGCUAAAAUAUUAAAGUCAAUAGUUGAGACAAUAGCUCACGAAUCACUAAGCGAAGACAAGGAUUACCUUGUUUUGACAGGCCAGACGAGAGAGUUUGUUAAGACUCUUGGGUUUACGGAACCGUUUUCAGUUAGCAGAACCAAAGCGAUUAUUAACGUCCUGCUUUUUAUGUGGAAUCAUACAAAUGUUACCAGGUAUGUUAUGAAGAGUGUUUACAAUGAAGAUGUCGGUAAAUCAACAGUAGAUGAAAUGAUAGAACAGUUUCCGAGUGAUCUUAAACAACUGGAUGCCCAGUCUGCUGAAAUAUUUGCAAAAGCUCUCAAAGAUGGCUUUGAAGUAGUAAAAAAUAUUCGCCUUAUGGUCGUAGGAAUGUUUGGUGUGGGAAAAACGUCUUUGGUUAACAACCUUAUCAAAGACUUAAGGGAUAAAAAACUAACGCCUGUGAGCACAGAAGGUAUUGAUCUGCGCAGGUGUCAGCUUAUGGACGAUGGUGAUUGGUGCUUAGAUGAAGAACAUAAGUUGUUUAAAUAUAAGAUUAGGUAUAGAGAGGCUUUUAAGGAAGUCAGUCAAAUCCAGAUGCCUACCAAUAUAACGGUACCCCCCUUACCACCGCCUAUCACAGAAAUGCCAAAUGAAGCAGAACCUGACGCCGAUGCUGAAACACAAUUAGAUCCCUUGGAAGAAAUACAAAAACAUGUCUCAGAACGUAAAGACGAAGAGGGGAUACGAGAAUUUUUUCCACUUGUUCUGGAGACAAAGGAAACUCCCGACAACAUACCUGUUCGUGUUGCAACGAAAACAGACAUUACUGUAUCUGUUUGGGAUUUCGCUGGUCAGACACUGUACUAUUCAACCCAUCAGUUCUUUUUGAAUAAAAGGUGUAUAUAUCUUGUGUUAAUGGAUAUGACGAAGAGUUUGCAUGAAUAUGUCAAAGAAGAUGACAAAAGUGGAACCUGGUGUGGUUUAAUGCAAGAUUGUACUUACUUGGAGGUCUUCAAGUUUUGGCUGAAUGCGAUUCACAUGUACAGCGGCUAUAAGUCAAUGGCAGGUACAAUUUCUCCAACCGUUAUUUUGGUUGGUACUCGUAAGGAUGAAAUGGCUGGGAACGACGAGGAAAAAGAGAUCCAGAAAGAUAAUUAUUUUGAUGAAGCAUUAAAACCCUUUAAAGGCUCGUCGAUCUUGCAGCAUAUUUAUUACAAGAAAUUCCUGGUAAAUAACUUAUCUCAAGAGGAUCCUAUUUUUCAGGAGAUACGAAGAGAAAUCAAACUUUUGGCAGAAAAGCAAGACUAUUGGGGUGAGAAAUUUCCAGUUAAAUUUAUCCAGAUGGAACAGUCUCUUGACAAAUUGAGAGACAAAGGAAAACAACUACUACAGAUGGCAGAGAUAAAUAUUUCAAAUAGUUUGUUAUUACACCCACUCACUGAAAAAGAACUAGCUUUGUGUUUGGACAUUCAACAUCGACAUGGAAAUAUCCUGUAUUUCGACACAAAAGAACUAAACGAUUUGGUUGUGCUUGCCCCGCAAUGGAUUAUUGAGGUUUUCAAGUGCUUUAUUAGGCACAAGCGAGAUACAAUCCCUCUACAUUUAGAACAUUGGAGUACAUAUGAGGAACUUGCUAUACUUAAACCAGAGGUAUUCAAUGAAAUAAUGGACCGGAGUUCUGACGACAUUAAGAACAAUAGAGAACAUGUGAUGCAUUACAUGGAGCAUCUGGAUGUUAUGGCAAAGCCCUUAAAAUUUGAAGAAGACCUUGAGCCGACUGAUCUGCACCAGCCUCAACAAGAUACAGUUGAUUUAGCCGUAAAUGUGAAUCCCAAUUUUGUAGAUUUCCAUAUCGUGCCAUGUCGACUGAGGAAACCACCACCUCCAGUUGAACAAUUUACUUCGCCGGAACACUGCAAGAAAACACCAGUUUUGUGCUUUGUAUUUGUUCAAAACUUCAUGCCACCGUCGUUUUUCCACAGACUUGUUGCCGUGUGUAUACGCACUUGGCCUAUAUGCAAAGCUGGUAGGAAAAACCUGUUGUAUAAUGGACUUGCAGCGUUCGAACUUGAAUCAACCUACGUUUUGACAAUCUGGUACAGAGAUCAUAUUAUUUAUGCAAGAAUUACUUCCUGUACGAGCGACCUGAUAUCUGACCUUAAUUUCGAGAAGUGUCACGAAGUUCGACUUAUACUGCGACAAAGUUUGCUUAAAUUUGCAGGACAGUCAUUGGAAGAUCCAUGGACUUCAACAGCAUUCGAAGAACACAUACAAUGCCCUAAAAUGAAGGAGUCUUUGCAUAAUGAGGGCAUGUUCAGGGUGACCUCCUUUAUGUAUUGUUCCGAAUUCGCAUGUACUGCAUGUCCUGAGCGUCAUGCUAUCGUAAGGGAAGAGGCAUUGAAAGACUGGUACAAAGUCAAAUUAGAUCUUUUCGCUACAAAUGACGCAAAUUGCGAUGUCCUAAAUACACCAGCUGAAGAAAGCGACCUGUUGAAAGCAUCCGAAGUAAUUGGAAAUGGCUUCUGGUUGCUAGGCAUUCAACUUGGUUUAACAGAAGCGCAAAUGAGCAAGCUUUAUAAAGAAUGGGGCAAUAAUCGUCGCACUUUCGUUUUUAAGUACCUGGUAACAUGGAGGAAUAGCAUGGGAGAGAAAGCAACGUUGCAAAGUCUUAAGAAAGCUAUGCGCGCUGCAUGUGUUAAUCUCCCAAAUGAUAAAAAAACAGAGAAAGCUUUAUAAAGGAGGUAUUUUAGGACAUGUUACGUAUCUGAUUUGAAAGUAAAUUAUUUUGCAAAAAAUUUAUAAGGAUACGUCAAUAAUUUCUACAGCAUACUAUCUUGAUUAGUUGAACAAUGGUACGGAUGAAGUUGGUCGAUUGAAUAAUUUUUUCUAUAAUAUGAUUAUUGUUAACUUUAAAUUUUAAUGAACGGUUGUGUAUGAGUCUUAUAAUUAUUAUAAAGUCGUCAGCAUGUAAAUGUUAUUAAAACAUAUUGAAUGGAAAAUAAUGUAUGUGCUUGUUGUUAGAAGAGGAUUACAUUUUGCAUUUACCUGAUGGAAGUAGUAGUUAACGGCUUUUUCCAAAGUUUAUUGAUUAUCCAUUUAUCACUUAAAUUAAAAAUUUUACAAUUAAGCAGACGCGCACUAAAAAAGACAUCAUACAAAACCCUAAAAGAAUGUGGGUUUGUUCAUUUUCCUUUGUUUGGUAAUACAUGUAUUAAAAAUAACAGUUUCUAUAAAAUGUCUAGUUUAAACCCAUUUGUGUUAUGGUUAAAAUUUAUUUAAAUGAUCUCGCAAUUGAAAUGAAGUUGUUUAAUGAAGCUUAAUGCUAUUAUAAAAUAAAGGGUAAUUCUUGACCGUGGUAUUAUCUUGUAUAACCUGUGCACUUCCGAUAUUCAUAAUACAGGUGUAUGCGCGAAAUACUGCUGGCAAUGCCUUUAUUAUGAACAGGAAUAUACAUAUUUGUUUAAAUAAAAACGAGGCAUCCAAGUUUUAUGUGUAUGAUAACGUAUUUUUAGCUCACCUGAGCACAAUUUGCCCAUGGUGAGCUUUUGUGAUCUCCUUUUGUCCGUUGUCCGUCAACAAUUGCCUUGUUAACACACUAGAAGCCACAUUUAUUGUCCGAUCUUCAUGAAACUUGGUCAAAAGAUUUGUCCCAAUGAUAUAUUGGAUGAGUUUGAAAAUGGUUCCGGUUGGUUAAAAAACAUGGCUGCCAGGGGGCGGGGCAUUGUUCCUUAUAUGGCUUAAAUAAAACCUUGUUAUCACAUUUAUUGUCUGAUCAUUAUGAAACUUGGUCAGAACAUUAAUCCCAAUUAUUUAUUGUAUGCUUUUGAAAAUGGAUGCAGUUGGUUGAAAAACAUGACCACCAGGGUGCGUGGCAUUUUUCCUAAUAUGGCUAAAGUAAAAAAAAAUACCACUCUAAAAGUCAUAUUUAUUGUCCAAUCGUCAUGAAACUUGGUCAGAAGAUUUGACCGAUGAUAUAUUCAUAAGAUAUCAAGUAACAUUUCAAAUAAAAACAUUGUUGAUGUUAUUUUUAUUUCUGAAGAAGAUUAUGAUGAUCAUGAUUAUGAAGCUUGGUUGGUGAUUAACAGCAACAAACAUGUUUUAUGCUAUCUGAAUAUUCUUUUUUAAAUAUUUUCGAAGUUUAAUGUAUUAAUAUUUAUUUGGCAGAAAAUUACUUAAGGAAGAAAAAACUUUUCAUAGCUUGAAUUGCUUGAAUUCCAAUCAUAAAUGCACACUUAAAUACUCCAACUGACCCUUACCAGCUGCCUGCAUAGCAGCACAAAUCAAUAUAAAUCUCUGAGUGAAUCGGGUUGUUCUGUUUUUAGAUCAGCAACUUGAGACCUUUUUGUGCUAUUUUUUAUGUCUGGCACCAUAGAUAAGAGAAGAUAUAAUUUUUGAGGAACACAGUUUUGUGAUGAUGUCUGAUUUUUUUUGUGAUUAUCAAGGAUUUGUGUUUUAUAAUGGAUUUAUUGUUUUUUUAAUUGGAAGUAUAAUUUCAAGGUGAGUCUAAAAAUAGUUCAUGUUUGUUUAAAAACGAGGCUCUCAGGGGUGUGGCAGGUUUUUUUUUAUAUUUCUACAGUUGUUUAUAGUGAAACAUUGUGAAUACUGUUAGUCACAGUUUUAGUUCAAUCUGAAUGACACUUGCUGAGUACAAAUUAUGUCUGGCACCAUAGAUAAGAGAAGAUAUCAUUUUUGAGGCACACAGUUUUGUGAUGAUGUCUGAUUUUUUUGUGAUUAUCAAGGAUUUGUGUUUUAUAACAGAUUUAUUGUUUUUUUUUAUUGGAAAUAUAAUUUCAAGGUGAGUCUGAAAAUAGUGCAUGUUUGUUUAAAAACAAGGCUCUCAGGGGUGUGGCAGUUUUUUUGUAUUUCUACAGUUGUUUAUAGUGAAACAUUGUGAAUACUGUUAGUCACAGUUUUAGUUCAAUCUAAAUGACACUUGCUGAGUACAAAUGUUAUCAUAUCUUGAUGUAUUUACUCAAUUAGUUUUAAUAAAAUCUUCAAACAUGGUGACAAUCUUUAUGAGCAUAAUAUUUUUAGCUCAUGGUGAACUUUUGUGAUCACCUUUUGUACAUUGUCUGUCUUCUGUUGUGCGUCAUGACUAUUUGCCUUGUUUACACUGAAGAGGCCACAUUUUAUGUCUGAUGUUCAUGAAACUUUUGUCAGAAGAUUUGUCCCAAUACUAUCUUGGACGAGUUCAAAAAUGGUUUUGGUUGAAUGAAAAACAUGGCCACCAGAGGGCGGGGCAUUUUCCAUAUAUCUAUAGUAAAAUCUUGUUAACACUACAAGUCACAUUUAUUGUCAAAUCUUCAUGAAACUUGGUCAGAAGAUUUGUUUUAAUGAUAUCUUGGAUGAGUUCAAAAAUGGUUCCGGUCGGUUGAAAAACAUGGCCACCAUUGCUAGUUCAUUCUUCAUGAAACUUGGUUAGAACAAGUAUUCUAAUGAUACCUUUUGCAGAACAGAUCACUUUUAUUGUAUCUCAGGUGAGCGACUUUGAAAAGGCCCUCUUGUUUUUUUACUUAUAUGGAUGUUCCAAGCAUGUUUAAAUGAUAUGUAGCGCUAAAAUAAUGUUGGUUUUCUUGAAUUUUACUGGAUUUCUUUCGUUGUUGCACGUCCAUGUUUGAUUUAUGAUUGCAUUAUCACCAAUAUAAGUAAUAUAUUUGUAGAUGCCAAAAUGAACAAUUUGUUUUUCUGUAAAUGUUUGUAGUGAAUGUGCAUAAGCAUGCAUAGUUGUACACAGAUAAUGCAAGUUUAUUUGAUGUGGUUUUAAAUAUAGUGUUUUUAUAAUUAAUGUUGAUACAAUUGACGUUUUAUACUUGUGUUUUAGCGGUAUGUAUUUUAUAUCCUUUAAGUAUCAUUUUGUCGCAAGUGUGCAUAAACUUUUGUGUCCUUGGAGUAAAUAGUAUAUAAUAUAAAUGCUAUCAAUAAAGAACUUUAAAGCGAAUAAGAUGUAUUCAUAUUCUAAUAUGAUCUUACAGAAUAUUGAUUAUUCUGCAAUGACACAGAAAAUAUAUUUUACAGUUUCAAGUUAUUUUUUUCAAGUGGUUUUUAAUCUGAAAAUUCGCAUGUCUAUUUUUCCUUUUGAAUGAUUGUCCAGUUAGAAUAAUAACUCCACGUUGAUACAUGUUUAUCCAUUAAGCAAGUGCUGUUUUUAAACAAAAACUCAGAUAUGGAAUGAAAUAGGUUUUACGGUGUUAUGGCUAUUAUUCAUGGGUAGGUGUUAACACGACAUAUACCGUUCUUGAUGUAUAUACACUUUUUGAAAUCCAUUGUAAAUGUGAACACUUGCUACAUUAUGUAAUGUUAACUGAAAAAAUGAAAACAAUAUAUGUAUACAUAUUAUUAGACCUUGUAUUGGAUUUGUUUUAUUACUAAGUUUGUUUAUAUAUUGUUUUAUGUUUCAUUCGGACAUGCACAUCUUUUGUAAGAUAAUGAAUGCAUUUUAAAGACUUCAUUAUUCAAUAGCAGAAUAAAUAAUUGUUUACCCUUUCACUUAUGUAGUUGUAUAACUGCACUUGUAUUGUGGUUAGUUCAUUCAUGUUGCGAUACUCAUUGGGGUUUAAAUACCAAUCAUUGAAUUACGUUUCCACUUCAUCAGACAGUACUUAUAUAGCUAUAGAACAAAUGUUUGCAAAAAAGUACAAAUACACUAACAAUUGUUGACAAGUCUGCUGUAAGUGCAUUUUAAAAAGAAAAUAUCAUACAAACGCUUUAGCAUUUUUACACCCCCGGUAGGGUGGCAUAUAGCAGUUGAACUGUCCAUCAGUCCGUCUGUCUGUCUGUCAGUCUGUCCGUCCGUCCAAAAACUUUAACAUUGUCCAUAACUUUUGCAAUAUUGAAGAUAGCAACUUGAUUUUUGACAUGCAUGCAUAUCUCAUGGAGAUGCACAUUUUGAGUGGUGAAAGGUCAAGGUCAUCUUUCAAGGUCAAAGGUAAAAAAAUCCAAGGGAAGUAAUAAGCUUUUAAGGGAGAUAAUUUCUAUUUUAUAUCAUUUGGCAGGUACAGAUCAUUUUCACAAGGGAAGCGACAUAUUGUUUUUGCCCUGUCUGUUGGUCUGUUGGUUGGUCUGUUGGUUGGUUUGUGCCAACUUUAACUUUUGCAAUAACUUUUGCAAUAUUGAAGAUAGCAACUUGAUAUUUGGCAUGCAUAUGUAUCUCAUGGAGCUGCACAUUUUGCGUGGUGAAAGGUCAAGGUCAUCCUUCAAGGUCAAAUAUAUGGGUCAAAAUUGCUCAUUUAAUGUACACUUUUGCAAUAUUUCAAUAUUCAAGAUAGCAACUUGAUAUUUGGCAUGCAUGAGUAUCUCAUGGAGCUGCACAUUUUGAGUGGUGAAAGGUCAAGGUCAUCCUUCAAGGUCAGAGGUCAAAUAUAUGUGGCCGAAAUCGCUCAUUUUAUGAGUACUUUUGCAAUAUUGAAGAUAGCAACUUGAUAUUUGGCAUGCAUGUGUAUCUCAUGGAGCUGCACAUUUUAGGUGGUGAAAGGUCAAGGUCAUCCUUCAAGGUCAAAUAUAUGGGUCAAAAUUGCUCAUGUAAUGUCACUUCUGCAAUAUUGAAGCUAGCAAUUUUAUAUAUGACAUGCAUGUGUAUCUCAUGGAGCUGCACAUUUUGAGUGGUGAAGGGUCAAGGUCAAGGUCAUCCUUCAAGGUCAAACGUCAUAUACGGGGACAUAGUGUUUCACAAACACAUCUUGUUUAAAGGAAUAUAAUCAACCAUUUUUUUUAUUUAAAGCGGCGCAGUAGGGGGCAUUGUGUUUCUGACAUACACAUCUCUUGUUUGAAAUGUUUGAAUUGUUUUGCAAGUUUAUAUAGAGUUAUUUUUAUGUUCAAUAGGCUUUCCGAGUGCAUGAAAUGAAAUGUAACCUGAGUUAAAAUUAAUAUAUAAUUGCGGCAUAGACUUUUGACAUCGAGGUAAAGUUGGCUUGUAUAUCACAUGAAUGGACUUGUUAUGUUAGUGUGCAUCCUAGAAUAAUUAUUUGCGUGAAAUUGGUUUAUCGAUAUGAUGUGUGGGGAAUGUUCAGGGUUUUCACUGGUCCGCCUUUCUGUCUGUCCGGAAUAAAAUUUGGAUCAUGCAAAUGCUAAAACAUAAUUCAGCUAGGAUGAUGAAACAUGUUAUGUGGAAACCUUGCAAUAUUUUGCAUAUGUCCAUUAUUUCAAUUUUUUGUCAGACAACAUGUUUGCCUGCUAAUGGUUACAGAUAUAUAAGUGAGCACUGAAAUCUGCAUCGUUGGUUAAACUCAGUUAAAGGAUAUAGGGUCAUUGUGGAAUAUGCACUUUAUGUAAGGUUUAUUUGUGUGUUUGUUUGUCCGCCAGUCUGUAUCCUGCGAUACCUAAACAAGUACUAAGGCUUUUUUUUUUUUAUUCAAUAUAAUACAUACAAUGUAUACAUGUAUAUGAUCAUACAACAUAGUGAUUGUACAAAGCAAUAAAGUUCAGACAUGUUAUACAAGAUAUGCUAAUAUAUAUAUUUUUUAAAGAGAAAAGAAAAGAACAACAGAAGAAUAGUUAUGAAAAAUGAUGAGUUGUAUUAAGUCAGAAGAAAGCAUACUGGACUUGUGUGUUUUUUUGUAUAUUCACAAUGAUCUUAUAAGAUUGAAAAAAAUAAAUAUAUACAUGUAUAUACAAAACUAUUUUAGAAAGAUAAACUAACAUUAGAGUGAAAUGUAUAUAAGUGGACAAACAUUAUGAGAAUUUAAUCCGAUUCCAUUUUUGUUCAAAGAUUUGUAAUGUGUCAUUACUGAGGGCUAUUUCUUUCUCAAUCUGGAUUUUUAGUUUAAGACUAUGGACAAAACAAUUAAAAUUUGGAACUUGUUUUUUGUACUUCAUGUUAAAGAUAAAAUAUUUCAUCAUUAUUAGAAUAAAAUUCACAAUAUUUUUACAGUCUAUUGAUUUCAAUGAGUAAAUUCCGAAACUUACAUUUAAGAAAGAUAGUUUAACGUUUAGUUGCUGUUGUUCAAGAAAAGAUACUAAUUGAUUCCCAAUAGGCUGGAUGUGUUUGCACUCCCAAAAAAGAUGUUCUAUAGUUUCGAUUUUUUCACUGCAGAAGUCACACAGAUUUGAGUUAGAUAAUUUGCAUUUAAAGAGAUAUUUAUUUGUAGCUAUAAUUCUAUGGAUGUAUAUGUAUUGAAAAUUUCUCAGUGUGCUUUCAAUAGUUGCUUUAUAUGGCAUGGUAAAUAUGUGUUUCCAAUUAAGUUCAUGUUCUCCGAAAAGGACUUGCCAUUUAUUAUGGGUUUUGGACUUUUCUGUAGGGUUUUUAAUUUGUAGUGUGUAAAAUAUUUUAUUCGUUUUGUUUUUUCUUCCAAGUAUGUUUUCUACGAAUUUUGUACAUGAGUACAUGAUGUAUUAUUUGUAUUGAUUUCAGAUUUAAUAUGUAUGGGUAUGCUUUUGAUUAGUGUGUAAUACUUCAGGAAAUUAUUUGAAGGUAUUCCGUAUAUGUAGCAUAUAUCAUCAAAAGAGUAAAAAUCCUUAAUUAUGUAGUCAUAUAAUUGGUUGACAUAUUUAAUGCUUCGUUCAAACCAAUCUUUAUAGAAAAACGUCUUAUUGUUUGAAGUUAUGUCUUUAUUGUUCCAUAAAAUAGUUUUACUGCUGGUUUUGGUUUCUAGGUUAUGAGUGACAUCACUCCAUGCUGAUAGAACAUCAGACAGAAAUAUGUUUUCGUUUGCAAUUUCAUGUAAGAUAGUAUUCCUGAUGUUACAUUCAAAGAGUAAGGAGUCACCAUAUUUUUUUAGGAUUUUCUGGUAGAAUAAUUUCCAUUUACUCGUAUUGGUAUUAUAUAGGUAUCUUUUAACCCAGCUGCAUUUGAUUGCAUUCAAGAAUGAGUCAAUGUUCGUUAAUUGGAUACCUCCAUUUUCUACGGAUUGAAUUAACUGAGUUCGUUUUAUUUUAUCAGGCUUACCGUCCCAUAUAAAAUUAAAUAUUGCUGAUUUUAUAUCGUUAAUAACAUCAUUUGGUGGAUUUGGGCGAACUGUUAAUACAUAAAUUAAUUUAGGAAGUGCAAACGUUUUUAAUACUGUGUUUUUUCCGAUUAGUGUAAGUUUACGGUGAUGCCAUGAUUUUAAGCAGUAAACAAGUACUAAGGCUACGUUUUUAAAACUUGGAAUGUGGUUAGAGGGCUAGAUUGGAAAUAUCAAUGUUAUUUUAUUCUUUUCGUCUUACAAAAUUGUGGUUGUUAUUAUUUCAGUCUAACUUAAAAACUAAAGUCUCGAUCCUGCUUUAUUACAAAACUAUUUAAGAUAAGUUGAAACUCGAUGUGUUGUUAGAAGGGGAAUAUGCACAUCAUUUAUUUCAUCAAAAUUAUGGUAACGUUGGUUACAUAAAUGAUAAAAUUCAGAGUUUAAGGUGAGACAAUACAUAGGUGAAAUUUAAAAAAAAAUGUACAUACAGCAAAACAACGAAGCGUUGCUUUGCUGUUAAACGCUACAUCUCAUUAUUAGUUGUACAAGUUAGCGUUAAAGAACAGCAUAAGUAUUUAAUUUCCUCCCCUGAGCUGUCGUUCAUGAUAAUGCUUAUUAAAAUAAAGUUGCAUACUAUAAUUUGGAUAAAGACGACAUCAUAAUAAACAGUGCUCUGUGAAUAAACUAUAUUUCCACAACAAUUAUUAUGCCCCCCUUCGAAAAAGAGGGGGUAUAUUGCUUUGCACAUGUCGGUCGGUCCGUCCACCAGGUAGUUUCCGGAUGAUUACUCAAGAACGCUUGGGCCUAGGAUCAUGAAACUUCAUAGGUACAUUGAGCAUGACUCGCAGAUGACCCCUAUUGAUUUUGAGGUCACUAGGUCAAAGGUCAAGGUCACGGUGACCCGAAAUAGUAAAAUGGUUUCCGGAUGAUAACUCAAGAACGCUUAGGCCUAGGAUCAUGAAACUUUAUAGAUAGACUGAUCAUGACUCACAGAUGACCCCUAUUGAUUUUCAGGUCACUAGGUCAAAGGUCAAGGUCACAGUGACCCGAAAUAGUAAAAUGGUUUCCGGAUGAUAACUCAAUAACGCUUAUGCCUAGGAUCAUGAAACUUCGAAGGUAGAUUAAUAAUGGCUGGCAGAUGACCCCUUUUGAUUUUCAGGUCACUAGGUCAAAGGUCAAGGUCACGAUGACCCGAAAUUGUAAAAUGGUUUCCGGAUGAUAACUCAAGAACGCUUAUGCCUAGGAUCAUGAAACUUCAUAGGUACAUUGAUCAUGACUCGCAGAUGACCCUUAUUGGUUUUUAUUGGUCACUAGGUCAAAGGUCAAGGUCACGGUGACCAGAAAUAGUAAAAUGGUUUGGGGAUGAUAACUCAAGAACGCUUAUGCCUAGGAUCAUGAAACUUGAUAGGUAGAUUGAUCAUGACUCGCAGUUGACCCCUAUUGAUUUUCAGGUCACUAUAUCAAAGGUCAAGGUCACAGUGACCUGCAAUAGUAAAAUGGUUUCCGGAUGAUAACUCAAGAACGCUAAUGGCUACGAUCAUGAAACUUCAUAAGUACAUUGAUCAUGUCUUGCAGAUGACCCCUAGUGAUUUUGAGGUCACUUGGUCAAAGGUCAAGGUCAUGGUGACCGGAAAUAGUUAAAUGGUUUCCGGAUGAUAACUCAAGAACGCUUAUGCCUAGGAUCAUGAAACUUCAUAGGUACUUUAAUCAUGACUUGCAGAUGACCCCUAUUGAUUUUGAGGUCACUAGGUCAAAGGUCAAGUUCACGGUGACCCGAAAUAGUAAAAUGGUUUCCGGAUGAUAACUGAAGAACGCUUAUUCCUACGAUCAUGAAACUUGAUAGGUAGAUUGAUCAUGACUCGCAGAUGACCCCUAUUGAUUUUCAGGUCACUAGGUCAAAGGUCAAGGUCACGGUGACCUGAAAUAGUAAAAUGGUGUCCGGAUGAUUACUCAAGAACGCUUAUGGCUAGGAUCAUGAAACUUCAUAGGUAUAUUGAUCAUGACUGGCAGAUGACCCUAUUGAUUUUCAGGUCACUAGGUCAAAGGUCAAGGUCACAGUGACAAAAAACAUAUUCACACAAUGGCUGUCACUACAACGGAGAGCCCAUAUGGGGGCAUGCAUGUUUUACAAACAGCCCUUGUUUUUAAUCUAGUCUACCAUCCUCUGUAUUCUUUUUCUUUUAUAAAAAAGUAACCCCUGUGAUUUGUACUUAUUAUGCUCAUAAAAGGUAGAGGGGAUGAAAUAAAUAAAUAAUAGUGUACUUUUGUAUAUCUGCCUCGAAACAUGGUCAAUCUGUUUCACUUUUUUGAACAUACAGAUUAAGCCAAAGCAAUGAUAUUUUAAAGAGAAUGGUUGUACGGAGAACACUUUCCGUUCAGUAUCUAAUGGGAACAUGGGUCUUUGAAUAACGUUGUAUUGUUUUACGAUCAGCGGAGUCACGUGGGCUAUCCGUCUCUAGUAUAUUUGUGGAUGGUGUUGUUGUUUUGUGUGUUACCUUAGACGUGUAUACUUUUUUUGCAAUUAUACAAUCAAAAUAAUAUAUCUUAAGACAAACAUGUAUGUUGUGAUAUAAAUGAUUUUGGAGUGAAUUAAUGAAUACAUAGGACAUCGGGAAACCAGUACACUAGCUCUAUUGUCUAUAGUAGCGAAAUUUGUAGACCUUUGUUUCAGUUUAACGCAGGUGAUGUUAAGUAAAAAAUCAAUAUUUAAAUUGUUAUAUUACGUUCUAGAUGUAGAGUAGUAUGAAUAUCUAAUCCCAUGUUAAACACUGGUUGAAUGAGACAAUAAAAUAUAUGUGUUUUUCACUUAUAAUAA